AUGAAUUAUUAAUAGGCAAUCCAAUCCUGUAGCCCUACUAAAUAAAAGUAAGAAUGUUUCUAAAGAAGAUAAGAAGAGAUUGGCUCUCCGGUUACGAUUUCCCUUCAAUCUGAAUUCGAGCAGUUAACAUUGGAUACUUCUCCCAAAUUAGAUCCACUCACCAAUCAGCACAGUGGCAUUCUAGACUUCAUCGAUGAAAUAGAUCAAGAAGAGAAGUUUAAGAAACAUCAGAGUUUGAGUUUGUAGAAAGACCUCAUACGAAGAAAUAAUAAAAACAAGUCCAACGAAGGGCAAUCGUCUCCACACUCCAAUCAAUCUUUGAAUGAUCAGAAGUUUAAAUACAUCAAAGAACUUUGGCUAUAGGAAUCGCCCAUAUAAGAAAUAAACAAACAAGUUCUAUCUUAGAGAGUGAUUUCAAUCAACGAAGAACAAUAUUUCAAAGAUCUUCAGAGUGACAACGUUAUCGGAAUGGGGGUCUAUCACUCAAAUGAAGCCAGUCCUCAAAUGUACUUCGAACCCGAUAUCGAGACUGACAUCUACAUUUCAAGUUUGAUAGAUUCACUUUGGGGAAACUAAAUUGUCUCUCGAAAAUUGCAGAAGCUAAUUGAAUCUGGAACCCCGGAAUAGCAAUUAUUGAUAGUCCAAAAGCUAGAAAGAAUCAGUCCCUAAAUACAGAAGGACGUCUUUGGGAACUACGUUGUUCAAAAGAUCUUUGAUAGUUGUGGAGAUGUCAAACUCAAGACCAGAAUGUUCAACAAGUUGAAGACUCACUUUUACGAUUUGUCCAAGAAUCCCUUUGGUUGCAGAGUCAUGCAGAAGUUGAUUGAGUAUUCGUAAGGCAAAGAGGAUAUCUAGAAUUCUAUACUUUCUUAAUUGGUUUAGAAUAUGAGAUCUUUGAUUUACGAUUCCAAUGGCAACUAUGUCAUUUUCAAGAUGCUUGAAUCCUAUGACAAAUCUAAAAUGGAAUUUCUCAUUCCCAUCGUUGAAGAAUCUUUUCAUUACAUGGCCCAGUAAAUAUAUGGAUGCAAAAUCAUUCACAAAAUCAUCCAAUAAUACCCUCCCAAUUUCAUUGCCAACCUAGUCAAACAAUCUAUCGCUAAUUAUUCAGGCUUAAGUUAAACCGAAUUUGGAAACUAUAUACUUUAACACAUAUUGUAAUUUUGGAUUCCCUCUCCAGAGAAAACUCGACUAAUCUAACUUGUAAUCUAACAGUUUUAUCAAUUAAGCAUUAACAAAUAUGCAAGUAAUACUGUUGAAAGAGCCUUAGAGACAUUGAGUAAAUCUGAAUUGAUAACUGUUCUAAAUUGGCUGCUAUUUAGAAACUAAACUUAGCAAUAGUUCUCCUAUGUAGCUACAAACUUUGUGCAAUUAGCAAAUCACUAAUUUGCAAAUUAUGUGAUCAAGAAAUUUUUGAUCUUAAUUCGAUCAAUAAAUGUAGCAAUCCAUUUUAAACUACUUAAUAAAGAAUCAGUAGGAGUAUUAAGCUCUGAAAACCACUUUGCACGGUAAUUUUAAUUGAAAUUCAAAUAGGCUAACGAAUUUGCAGUCUUUUGGAGAAAUAAGUGA